CGGUUUAUUCAAAUUCGGAGCAAACUCGUCGACGUUUUAUUUGCUGUUUAAUUUCAGAGCAUCGUGAUUGGUCAACGAAAAUGACUUGCUGUCGGGAAGUGGUCAAUUAUUUAUGGGCAGGAAAUUUACAUUUUGAAAGAGUUUUCUGGAGUCGAGAGCGAAAAUACAAACUAACGCUGGAAUCUAGUGAAGUCUUUAAUACUGUGUUGUUUUGGUAGCUGCGGUAAAUAGAUUUCCCUGUUCCAAGCCGUUAUCUACAACGAUAAGGAUGCUGUGUCGAAGCCAAUUUGGAGCUGGAAUGAAAAUCGUUCUGCUAUUGAAACUACUACUGGCGAUUUUGUUAAGUGUAGAAGCCGCACACUAUUUUCAAACGAAGAAAGACUGUGAACAAGACUUCCUAUUAUCUGGCGAUAAAGGAAACUUCACAAGUCCAGGUGGAUACGAAGGUUAUCCUAAUAACACAAAUUGCAGCUGGAUCAUUAAAGGUAGUUAUAGCGCCAAAAUAAGCAUUACAUUUCACGACUUUGACUUGGAAUUUAGCAAGACUUGUUCACCGUAUGAUUUCGUAACGGUGUCAGACAAGUGUAACAAGUCGAAGACAUGGUCUGAGAACAUCGGAUCGGGAGAUAACAUCGAGGGAUAUUGCGGUAAUAUGACGUCAUUUACCGUCCAAACGCGCUGCCAAACGGCUCGAGUUGUGUUCAGAUCUGAUGACUCCAUAACAGGAAGAGGAUUCAACGCCACCUUCGAGAUCAUUCCUGUUCCAAAGGCACCUGAGAUAAUCUCAUUCUGUCCCGUUGGUGAAAACAAUUGCUCCACGAGAAAAGAGCUUACGGAAACCGACACUGAAGUCAUAACGUGCCAGGUUUCAGCUUCUCCAGAGGCGUUGGUCUACUGGUCCUACCGGGGGUUAAACGAGUCAAAUCCCGACAGGCCACUCGACACCCGUGAGAGACGCAUGAUCGACAAUCACGACGGGACACUAAAGAUUAAGAACCUCAGGAGAAAUGACACUGGCUUUUAUCGAUGUUACGCGAAUAACACGGAAGGAGAACAUGAUGCAUUAGUGUAUUUACACGUCAAAGAGAAGUGCAAAUGCCCGAAGAUAAUCAAAGCCAAUUGGUACGACAUUCCACCAUACAUCAAAGAUAACGGACCCGGCCGAGAACCCGCGGGAUUGUUCCCAUUACUGCUCAAAGAAAUUGUUCCCCUGUGCUGUGGAAACUGCUCUGGGGGUGACGGGCCGUCUUCUAUCUCCUACGCAUCAUACAAACAGGAAAACUUGGUAAACAUCAAGAAAAUCGAGAACCUCGGUAAAUCUGAUAUGAUAACGUUUCCGAUCAGUGGUAAGAAGGAUGAUCGCUUGUAUCAGAAUGAAUACAAGUUUAUGCCUCUUGUAAGCUCUCCUGGUGUCGCUUUCAUUGUUGUUGAUGAGCCACCUGGUACUUCAGCCAACGCUGUGUUCAACUCUGUCCUGUCUGGUUGGCCUGUGCUUCUUCUCACGCUUCUGAUGGCUUUACUGUCCGGGAUAAUUAUGUGGGGAUUGGACACAUGGUAUAACCCAGAAGAGUUUCCGAGGUCGUUUAUCAAGGGCAGCGGAGAGGGUUUCUGGUGGGCUUUUGUUACCAUGACAACCGUAGGCUAUGGCGAUCGAUCUCCCAGGGGAUUUGUGGCUCGUAUCUUUGCCAUAGCCUGGGUUCUGGUUGGCCUCGUUAUCACGUCUAUUUUCACUGGUGUUGUGACUACAUCCUUAACAGCCAUUACACUGAGCACUGACGUCAAACUGUAUGGCACUAAGAUUGCAGCAGUGGCUAAUUCUACUGAGUACCGGUUAGGACUGAACAAAAACGCGGAUAUGAAAGCAUAUCACGACUUACAAUCUAUCGUGGAGCCUCUAAAGAAUCGAGAGGACGGCUUGAAGGGAGUGCUAGUCGACACGUACGUUGCUGGAGAAAUGAGAGAUUUUUCCAGCGAAGAGCUACGUGUAAAUAAAAUCAUCGACCACAACUCGUACUACGGCAUCGUAUUCGGUAAAGACGACCGGCUGGCAGGAAAAGAUUUCCAAACCUGCUUCGAGGACUACUUCCUAUCAAACCAAGCAGCCAUCUUUGAGACUGUAAAGCAAAACACCCAACCCAUGAAGGAACCGUCAGAGAGUGCAGCAGUGGAGCGGUCUUCUGGUCUAUUUGACGCCAGCUCACCCUUGUUUCGAAAGGCAGUCUUCACCUGUCUUGGACUGCUAUUGUUUUCCGCGGCUUGUGGCAUUACCUGGGAUUACGGCUAUAUGAGGCGCUGGAAGAAAAAGGCAGAAAUGGAUGAGCUUGAGCUGCUCGGUGGGCCUGGUUACGAAAUGGCCAAAAGAAACCUGGACAUGAUGGAUGCCCUGAUGCAAGAGGUUCAGGAAUUUUACGAGAACUGGACGAAGAGACUCGAUGACAUCACGAACAAACACGAGGAGGAACAAAGGUUACAAGCAAAACAGAGAAAGUAGAAGAUGCAUGUAAUGUAGUCUAGUGAAACACGCUCUCUAUGAGUUGCACGAGACCACUUGCACAGAUCCGUUCAUGAUGUCAACUCGGCAAUGAUCUGUUUAAUCAUUUUGAGUAGUAAAUAGUCGGAAAUACGUCGGAGUGUAUUCGGCGACUGAUAGUCGGGGAAGGUCGUCCACUGAUCGAGUGUUUCACUGCUGGGGCCUUGUACCGAAGGCAAAGCUUCCGAGUCUGUCUGGAAGAAGUCGGUUAGCAAGUCGAUAAAUGAUCGAUGAACGAUCGGUACGCAUUCAGUGAUUGCCGUAAGAUCAGUGGGCGACGGCUCCUUCACUGCCUUUUUCACUUUUUAUAGAAAAUUAUGUAACACAAAAAGAGCACGAAAUAAUUUAAUCGAAUUCCUUCGAACCAUAAGACAACCAUUUUAGGUAGGCAGGCAAAAAGUAGAAACUGAUUUGCAGCUGUUGACGUUUGAAGACUAGAGACUUAAUGCUCCCAACUAUGUAAGAAUUGAAAGGUGCACAGCAAGGAGAAAUGUAUGUUGAUCGAUAACACACUAUGAAGGUGUGGUAGCUUAUUUGGUGGCUAUUUUAGAAGGUAUAAGUAUUUGGUAUUUGGUGCUAUAGGUAUUUGGUACUAAACAGGACAACGUUUUAUGAUAGUGGUUGUUGACGAAUGGACAACGAUUAAAUGAGCUAAUUGAAUGUAAGUUUUAUAGAAUGGCGAGUUGUAAACAGUCUUUCAUAACAGCUUCUCAUUUUUGGAUUGAAAGACGACAUUCCUUAGGUGACGAUAGAUACCUGUAUAAUAAAAAUGGUGUGCGAUUGUGGAAAUUGCUUCACUUUACGGCGGUUUUCACUUGAGUGUCAAAAAUUAUUCGACGUUUGCUUUGGUUUUGCAUUACCACGCUAAACCAUUGGCUCCAAUCAAAAAUUUCAGCCAGUUUGUCAUCCAAUCAGAAAGUGAUUAAUACCAAUCGUGACGUGUUCGCACACGUUUUAGGAAUUAGGAAUUAGGAAUACAGUUUAUGAGCAGAAAAGAAACUGAUCAAGGAGUUACUAAACUUGGACACCCAAUCGUGGAAUCUACUGCUUAGAGCAGGUUGUGAUUUACGGUGGAUAGCAACUUUUGGCUGGUCCAAUUUUGCAUUAAUAUUGCAGAGCUCUGUAGACGGUGAAGAACGUAUAUCGUGCACUAUGCUCUAAGUAGCCUCAGAACAAGAAUCUAUUAGGAGCAAGACCAAAACAAGUUGUGACUUUCCCUCUCCAGGUACCAGCUCACUACGUUAUUAGCGCUGGCGGUGAGAGGACAGAUGUGAUUAUCUUGGUUUUGUUUUUGCUAAGCGAACCUAAAACGUCUAUUGUAAACAGGUUCAGUGUCGCUGAAUCUUUUGUUAAAGUAGGGUUAAUUCUUAGAAAUGAAACUUCAGUCGGGGAAAAGGACUUCGUUUUGGCGGAAAACCAUCUCUGGCGAUAAGUUCAGCCUGGAUGUUGCAAAGUAACGUGGUGAUUCGUCAUGACCACAAGCCGACGAGACACCUUAAAGUACAUGCCAUCUUUUACAUUUGGGUGUACACACGAGCGUUCUCGAAAAACGACGUCUGAUUUCCCGAGUAGACUUAAAAGUAAGCUUUCUUUUACGGAGGGCUAUUUAUCUUUAUAUCAAGAUUUAUCUGUUUGCGCGUGCUUAAAAGACGUAGAGCGUCUGCAUAUUUGUACAUCAUUCUAUUUGCAAAUAAACAUGUUCACUGUC